CAGUGCUGUUGACGGGCUCGGUGAGCGGUAAUGGCUUCCCUUGCAGUGCUGUGCUGAGGCCUCGGCAGUGCCCGGGGACACAAACCUCGUUACGGUGGUCCCGUGUAAUGGGGGUGUGGAGAGAGGCAGCAAUUCCUGUGUGCCAGACUGCUGCCUGCAGUAACCACAUCUCUGCAUUGCUGAAGCUGAUGUACAUGGACCAACAUAACCCCCGACAUCAACAGGUAUUCUGUUGGAGCGUACGCUGCACAUUUAUGGCGAUUCUGAGUGUGAGGGCAGAAUUCUGCCAGGCCCAGCACAGCAUCCUGGCUGACAAGUGAGCUGAGCACAGAGGCUUCCACGCGUCAUAAUUACUUUGCCUUGAAGACUCCGGACACAGUAGACACUCAGAUAUAUGGGAUAUCUUCUGCACAUUGGAAGCAUUUUCCUUCUACUGACUCUGGCAAAACUAAGCAUCAAGAAAACAAAGUGGAGAGAAAAUCUGCCCUUACUUUUUUGCCUCACCAGUGCCUAAAUGUAGAACAGGCUGCCUAGUCUUGCGUGUAGUCAGAGUUUUGGAGUCUGAAGGGUACCACCUGCAGCAGUUGAGACCGAAGUUAAAUUCAAGUGGAUUCUGAAGUGAACCAGCUUUUCUAGCAGCGAAUUCUUUAAGGAAGAAACACGUCGAAGCAAGCUCUGAUCUGUCCAAGGCAUUUUAGUGGUCUCUUUAAUGUUUUCUGCUGUGAAACCUUUCCAAGGUUAUUGAUUUUUUUUUUAAUUAUUAUUUUCCUCAAUCUUUUGGCCCCUUACACUUUCAGUUGCCAUUAUGAACCGUCCAGCCCCCGUGGAAAUCACUUAUGAGAACAUGCGCUUCCUGAUCACUCACAACCCAACCAACGCAACCCUCAACAGGUUCACAGAGGAGCUCAAGAAGUAUGGAGUGAGAACCUUGGUGCGAGUUUGUGAAGCCACUUACGAUCAAGCUCCCAUCGAAAAAGAAGGAAUCCAGGUUCUAGACUGGCCAUUUGAUGAUGGAGCACCACCCCCCAAUCAAAUAGUUGAUGACUGGCUCAACCUGUUGAAAUCCAAAUUCCGUGAGGAGCCUGGCUGCUGUAUUGCUGUUCACUGUGUUGCAGGGUUGGGAAGGGCUCCUGUACUGGUUGCACUUGCUCUCAUUGAAUGUGGAAUGAAGUACGAAGAUGCAGUUCAGUUUAUAAGGCAGAAAAGGAGGGGAGCUUUCAAUUCCAAACAGCUGCUUUACCUUGAAAAAUACCGGCCUAAGAUGCGAUUACGCUUCAAAGAUGCCAACGGUCACUGCUGUGUUCAAUAAAGCAUAAUCCCAAACGAAGGCAGAAGUUAGCAUGGCUCUUUUCUGGACUCUUGGCACCUGGAAAUGUGAAUCUGGAAUCAAACUACGUCAUCAGACUGGGGGGAGUCAGUUAGUGACCUCAGCCUCUGUCCUAAUGGUGGUGAUGAUUGAAAAACAAUAAAAAUUAAACCCAAACCUAAGAGCAACAUUUCAGUGAAGGAUUGUUUUCUCCUUGAGCUGCAGUUGGAACAUCUGCAGGGAGAAAAUAAGUUUCUGAAUCUUCUGUAUUUUUAACUUUUUAAGAAAAGAAAUAAAGUAAAUUUUAUGUCUAAGGAAAACCAGCAGAGCAUUGGCUUGUGCAGAAACUAAUUUCUUGAUUGGAGGAAAGUUCCCCAAGAUUAGGGCCUGAUAAAUUAAUUCCUGUUUAAAAGGACUCUUUGAAAUGGAGUUGCCUUGUUUUUCACCUUGCUGGGCCCUGGUUGAGGCACAGGAGGAGCAUUUGGUGCUGGAUGGAAGCAGUCUUGCAGCCUUAAGCCCAGCCUGGGCAAAUUCUAGAGACUGGGUGAUGUCUGUUGUAUGUGUACAUGGUGUUCAGGCUCUACAGGUGUGAGAAACCUUCCUGUGGGCUUGAACAGAAGAUUCUCUGCCUGAUACUUCUGGUGACUCUGCUAAAGGCCUUUUCUGAUGGGUACAAGGUUGUGCUUCAAAUGAAUGUGUGUAGCACGUGUGUGUCUCUGUCUUACCUUUCCAAAGCAUUUGGCUGAGAUGUUAAUUGUCUUUCUGUUGUUAGAAAAUCUAUCCUGGCAGAAGACUGAUGUCCAAGGGAUGAUUCAGACAAGGACUUAAAAUGAAUUAAGCUGUCAUAAGAAAGAAGAAAAGGCUUUUCGCUGCUGUCCAGAUUGUCUGCCUUGCUGAACACAGUAAAUGAGGAUUUUGGGGAGGGUCUCAUUUGUAUCACAUCCGAGGUAAAGGUGGGAUCCACAUAGAAAGGUGGUCUGUGAAUAAAUGCCUUGUAUGAGUUUUCCCAGACUAGCCCUCAUGUACAGCUCCAUUUAACCACUGAUUGCCUUGUUUUUUAUUAGGCUCUUUUGGAGGGGAAAUCUAGUUAUACAACAACAUGCCUCUCAUUCACCAUUGGCAGGCUAGAAACGCACUCCUUGUUGGAGUGUGAUGGUACAACCUUCUCUUUGUAGGCCACUGGUGUUGUCAGUGAAUUAAGACAAGUCAUGUUACAGCCUCUUUAAAGUAGUUUCAACCAGGCUACUUCUACCAAACACAUGUUAACUUUGUGCCCUGCCCCAGAAGUGACCUCAUAUGCUUUGAACUUGACAUUAUAUCUCUAAUAUUGAGCCAUUGAGGGCUCUGAAUACAGGUUUAGUGUCCUACUCUCCUGUGAUCUGCUGUGAAGCACCAAAGGUUCUUGUUGGUCUGGAUCUGUGGUAGUAGAUUGAUACCUGUCUCUACCUAUGCUUCAGCCUUGGGUGGUGUGAGCUGCUUCACAGGACUUCUUCCUAUUCCAGAUAUCUGCUUUUAGUCUGCAGGUUAACUGGGCACGUUUUCAGAGCACAGGUAAUGGCCUUUUAGAAUUCUGUUCUUGGAUUUAUAAACUCAAGCUAAAAGUAAUGGCACUUGUGAGCCUGACUCAAGCUGUGGUGGUGUACUGAGUUCCUUCCUCCCUUCAAGAUGUGUAAUGUUUCUGAUUAAUAGAUAAAGAAGACACAGAAGUGUUUGUGAUGUCAAUGCCUUCAUUAGGGAAAUAAUGCAUCUGGUUGUGUUUGAGUCCAUAUGAAAGGUAGAUGAUGCUGAAAGGGGCUUUACCCUCCCCUUGCGAACUAGAAACCUAAUGUUCUAACUGUUUCUGCAAAGUAAAAUGGGUGUUUCUAGUCAAAUGAAAUUCUGGUAGUUAAAGCUGGGUUGGCAGAUGGUGGAAGUCAGGUUGGAGCGGAGGGUGCUGAGAUGGAUUAAAAACCAAACCCCAAGCCCUUCUGAAGAACAAUAAAAUCAACUUUUACAUGCCAUAUGUAUAACUGCAUUCUUCCCCCUAGUUUUACUCUUGAUUUUUACCGUACUAAGUAUUCUAUACUAUGAAUCUGCAGCCUUAAUUGAGGAAAAAUAGUGGAAAGUGCAGACUGUCAUGGGGUGUAGACACAAAGGGGGGUGUAACUGUGACCAAUGUCCAUUAGCACAAGACUUGGUUCAGCACUUGAGCAUAGUGCAAUAAAGUUCUUCCAGUAAAA